CAAGCCUCAAAUUGGUUGCCUCCAGGUGAUGGUCCCGCGCACUUCCCUCAAAAGAGUUGGUCUUCUGUCCCAAAAUUCUUGAUGAAGAACAGUUAUCGCUUUUGUGGAUAGUCUUUGGUGGAGGGCAUCGACGGCAGCCGACGAGGUUCAUCGAGUUGCGUGCAGCGAUUCUAGCGAGCAUGAUCUGGAUCUGGAUUCUGAACGGUGGUCAAGGAGGCUGACGCACUUGACCAUUGGCAUCUCGGACGGCUCGCGGCUCGUGUCUGCUUUCUGCAAGGAUUGUGAGGAGGAAGAGUAUGAAAGAGAAGUCGAAGAACGCGGCGAGGUCUCGUCGGGAGAAGGAGAACGCGGAGUUUGUGGAGCUGGGCAAGCUGCUGCCGCUGCCGGCGGCCAUCACAAGCCAGCUGGACAAGGCUUCCGUCAUCCGACUCACCACCUCCUACCUCAAGAUGAGGGCGCUCUUCCCAGAUGGACUGGGAGACAAUUGGGGAUCUUGUCCUCCAAACCCUAGUCCUCGAGAUGGUGCAAUCAAGGAACUCGGUUCUCACCUCCUACAGACGCUGGACGGAUUCGUGUUCGUUGUAGCUCCCGACGGCAAGAUAAUGUACAUCUCCGAGACUGCGUCUGUGCACCUUGGCCUUUCACAGGUGGAGUUGACAGGCAACAGCAUCUACGAGUACAUCCAUCCAGCCGAUCAUGACGAAAUGACAGCUGUCCUGACGUUGCAGAGUUCCCUUCCACACCCUCACGGAGCACAAGACUUCGAAGUGGAUCGAUCAUUCUUCUUGCGAAUGAAGUGUGUGCUAGCCAAACGCAAUGCCGGACUCACAACAGGAGGGUACAAGGUAAUCCACUGCAGCGGGUACGUGAAGGUAAAGCAUUUCUCCAUGGACGUGGCGCCCUAUGACGGCUGCUACCAGAACCUCGGCCUUGUUGCUGUGGGCCACUCAUUGCCACCUUCGGCCAUAACCGAGAUCAAGAUGUACGCCAAUAUGUUCAUGUUCCGAGCAUCCUUAGACCUCAAGCUCAUCUUUCUUGAUGCCAGAGUUGCACCCCUCACGGGAUAUGAACCACAGGAUCUAAUCGAGAAGACACUCUACCAUUACAUCCACGGGUGCGACUGCCUGCACAUGCGGUUUUCGCAUCACACAUUGCUUCUAAAGGGCCAGGUUACUACCAAGUAUUACCGAUUCCUUUCCAAAGAUGGAGGAUGGGUUUGGAUGCAAAGCUACGCUACCAUCGUCCACAACAGCCGUUCGUCUCGGCCGCACUGCAUAGUCAGCGUGAACUACGUUCUCAGUGAGCUUGAAGUACAACACCUCCAACUGCACUUGGACCAAGUCGGAUCCAAUACCGAAUCCACAACCUACCGCAACACCGACCAACCACCUGCACAAUCACUCUCAGCCAAACAAUCAGGAGGCAAGAACAGGACGACCAAGAACAAGAGCAGACGGUCGCCUUACUACUGUAGUCCUUCAAACGACAUCGCGAACGAAUACAACAAUAACGAACAUGUUUACGAACCUAACAACACGGUAGCCCUUUCCCUCCCCGGCUACAUAGCCGCAGCUUUCCCCGAAGACAGGUGGAACGGUGCUCGAAUCAAUACCGCCUACCCAAUCCCGUCCGAAGGCGUGUACUAUCACCAACCGAAGCCAGGCUACUGCAUACCUGCAGAAGAACGGUACCUCACCCGAACUGAUAUAGGCAAUUUCCCUGGUUACGGCGACUGUGGUGCUCUGUCUGAACCAGGCGCCGAGCCCGUGGAAGGUGGCCUGAACGGAGCGAUGUCGUCACGACCGCUGAUGCAAUGCGAUAUACCUGCAUACUCGAUCCACGACGCACUCUCCUCUUGCUCCAGGAGCAGCAGCAGUGCGCAGGAGUUCGCGGCCAGUCCGAGCAAUCCCAUCCUCCAGCCUAGGCCGUACAGCAAUCACUCAGAUUCCACCAUGUCGGAAUCGGACCUGGAAGGUUUCCACAAUCUUCAGCACGCGAACCUCGCUCGUCCCGUGGAUCCCGGUAAAGGAAGUCUGCCGCCAGGAUCUUCUUCCCCAACGAGUAAAUCUAGUUCUUCCACCCCGAAUUCUGUGGCUGGAAAGUCCGGUGAAAAAACCAGCAGCGACCCGAGUGCCUUACCUGUGGGAAAUUAUAAAUCCGUUAUCAUUAGCUCCCCUACCUCCCUAGAAGAAACGCUAACCACGAACGAUGCUAGAUCAGCCGUGUACGAUCACCAUUCGCCCAGGAAAGCGAGCGUCUGCGACGCACACUUCUACGACAAUCUGGAGGGGCCCAUGGACAUGUACAGUUUUUACGCCGGCCACCGACUGCUUCCUCAGGAGGGUGCUGUGUACGACGACGGCAAGUACUUGAUGUGUCCCGCGACUCAAGCCGACAAGAACGCGUGUCCCAUGAAUGGUUUUCAGAGUAUGACAGACCUUUCCCGAAAUUCGAUCUCCCCGACGAGUAGGCAGCCCGGAUACACGAGUGUCAUUGUAGAUGCCCAACAAUAUCAAAUGUCCAACGGGUACGUGCACUGAUAUUAGUGACAGCAAUCGCGGAAUCUGCACGUUACUCAAGCCGGCUUUGAAGAAUAGUGUUUCCGGAGCUGGGCGCGCCCCCUGGACCAGGAGACGUGUCAUCUCUGGCGUCGCCGUUGUCAUCUGCACCUACCUCAGCGGCGUGUCUCAAUAUUUCCGACACCGGCCUUCGCUGUAUCAAGAGAAAAGAGAAGAGAUUCUGUGUGGAAGCACAAGUGGGAGCACGUAGUACAUGGCUCAGUCAAACGUAGAGAUCUUGAUAGAAAACUCGAGAGAUUGGUUUUAGUAUAAAAAAAAUAAUGCCUAGAGAGAGCUUCACCUUUGAGUGUCGCAUUAUCUAUUGUAAAGUUGUGUUAGUAAUAUAUUGAACCUUACAAAGCGUU